AUGUCGGCAGCCGCGUCGCAGCCGGUGCCUGAAGGCCAGCACGAGGCCCAGAGUACCUCGUUGCAGCACCAACGCCCCCUCUUUGCCGGUGAGGAAGAAGAGUUUGGCGAUGAGGAGCUCGGGGACGACGUCGACCUCGGGGUCGGCCAGUACGGCUCCCAGUUUAGCAACGCCAACGGCGACGAGUACACGAUUUCUGAGACGCUCCAGCAGAACGCAUCGCAGCCUUUGGACGCUCAGCAGGUCGCCGCCGCGCAGGCCGCGAUUCCCGAGCAGGUCCGCAAGUACCUGACCCUGUUUCAGCAGGCCAUUGCGAACAACUCGGUGAUUGACAUCAGCAACGCGUACGAGUCGCACUGGAACCGCCUUACCGAAAAGUUCUACCAACGCAGCGAGUGGCCCGACGCGGAGAUCAUCUCGCCGCUUGUCGGCGACGACCAAAAGUUCUUACUGCUGUACCGUGAGCUGUGGUACCGCCACGUCUACUCGCGCCUGACGCCCGACGGCGAGGACCGCUUCCAGUCGUACGAUAACUACUGCGACUUUUUCAACUACGUCCUGAACUCCGAGGGCCCGGUCUCGCUCGAGCUUCCCGUGCAGUGGCUCUGGGAUAUUACGGACGAGUUCAUCUACCAGUUCCAGUCCUACUCGCAGUGGCGUUCCAAGGUCUCGAACAAGUCCGAAUCUGAGCUGCAGCUCCUCCAGGACAGCGGCGUGUGGAGCGCAUACAGCGUGCUCAACGUGCUCUACUCGCUCAUCCAAAAGUCCAAGAUCACCGAGCAGCUCAUCGCGAGCGACGAGGGCAAGGAACCGGAGGAGGUCGCGGGCGAGUUUGGCUCGCGCGCGCUGUACAAGACGCUCGGCUACUUUAGCAUCAUCGGCCUGCUGCGCGUCCACGUGCUCCUGGGUGACUACACGCUCGCGCUCAAGAUGCUCGACCACAUUAACCUGAACAAGAAGAGCGGCUUCUUGAACCGUGUGACGGCGUGCCAUGUCACCGCCUACUACUACGUCGGCUUUGCGUACAUGAUGAUGCGCCGCUACCCGGAUGCCAUCCGCGCCUACUCGCACAUUCUCGUGUUUGUGAUGCGCCUGCGCCAGUACCACACGCGCAGCUACCAGUACGACCUGAUUAACAAGAUGGCCGACCGGAUGUACGCGCUCCUGGCGAUCUGCUGUUCGCUGUGCCCGACGCGUCUCGACGAGAACGUGCAGACGGCCAUGCGCGAAAAGUACGGCGAGCAGUACUCCAAGAUGACCAAGGGCGACGCCGACGCGCUGAAUGCCUACCAGGAGCUGUUCCUCUACGCGUGCCCCAAGUUUAUCAGCUGCAACCCGCCCCCCUACCACGAUGCGGAGGCGCUCAAAGCCUACAUGCAGAACCCGCCCCUGGAUCCGGUGCAACACCAGCUGAAGAUCUUCCUGUCGGACGUCAAGGCGCAGCUGUCGAAUGUGCACAUCCGCUCGUUCCUCCGCCUGUACACGUCGCUUGGCACGGACAAGCUUGCGGGCUUCCUCGACGUCGACGACGAGGAGGUGGUCGAGAUGAUGAUGGUGCUCAAGAACAGCACGCGCAACUUCAAGUGGACCGAGGGCGGUCUGCUCGAGGGCGAGGUGAUCAACACGAGCGAUCUUCAAUUUGCUAUUGACACGGAUAUGGUGCACAUCGCCGAGGCGCGCAUUGGCCGCCGGUACGGCGACUGGUUCGUGCGCAACGCGAGUCGGAUGAACAAUGUGUUGCUCGCCACGCAGCGCAAGCCCCUGCCGCUGCCGUGA